GUUCCCCGCGGUCCUGCACGGCGGGGCGGGACGGGCGGGGAUGGGAGGCGGUCACCGCGCGUUUAAAUGGGGAGCGCCGGGCACCUCUCUGCAGCUUGCGAGCCAAGCUGAGCCGAGCCGAGCCGAACCGAGCUGAGCCGAGCCGAGCCGAGCCGAGCUAUGCAGCUGGCCGUGCUGAGCCUGUUGCUGUCCGUCGGGCGGGCGGUGCUGGCGGCGCUCCGGGGGCGCCUGGACGCGCUGUGCUGGAGCCUGGCUCCCCGGUCCCUGUCSCUGCCCCUGUCCCUGCCCGGCUGGCGGAACUCAGUCCCUCGGGACGAGCCGGAGCAGGAGCAGGAGGGGGACGUCGAGUCCCCGACGCCCACCAGCGUCAAUUACCACUUCACCCGGCAGUGCAACUACAAGUGCGGCUUCUGCUUCCACACGGCCAAGACCUCCUUCGUGCUGCCCCUGGAGGAGGCCAAGCGGGGGCUGGCGAUGCUCAAGGAGGCAGGAAUGGAGAAAAUCAAUUUCUCGGGAGGAGAACCGUUUCUUCAAGACAGAGGCGAAUUUGUUGGCAAACUGGUCCAGUUUUGCAAGCAGGAGUUGGAGCUCCCCAGUGUCAGCAUCGUUAGCAAUGGCAGCCUGAUCAGAAARCAGUGGUUCGAGAACUACGGUGAAUAUUUAGAUAUUCUGGCAAUUUCAUGUGAUAGUUUYGAUGAGGAUGUCAACAUUUUAAUUGGCCGUCGUCAAGGAAAGAAGAACCAUGUGGAAAAUCUGCAUAAACUGAGACAGUGGUGCCGAGAAUAUGCUGUUGCUUUUAAAAUAAAUUCAGUCAUCAACAGAUUUAAUGUUGAGGAAGAUAUGAAUGAGCAGAUCAAGGCACUCAACCCUGUGCGCUGGAAGGUAUUCCAGUGCCUGSUUAUUGAAGGGGAGAACAGUGGUGAGGAUGCUCUAAGAGAAGCAGAAAAGUUUGUCAUCAGCAAUGAAGACUUUGAUCGGUUCCUKGAUCGCCACAAAGAUGUCUCCUGUUUGGUACCUGAAUCUAAUCAGAAGAUGAGGGAUUCAUACCUCAUUCUGGAUGAAUAUAUGCGUUUUCUAAACUGUAGAAAUGGACGGAAAGAGCCUUCCAAGUCCAUCCUGGAUGUUGGCGUAGAAGCAGCUAUAAAGUUCAGUGGAUUUGAUGAGAAGAUGUUCCUAAGAAGAGGAGGAAAGUAUGUGUGGAGUAAAGCUGACAUGAAACUGGACUGGUGACUCAAUUCACUGAGUUAGGGCAGUGAAUUCUGUAAAGAGAGGUGUACAUACACAUCACUCAUAGGUGAGUGUAUACAUGUAUCUAAUGCUUUUAACUACACUUGGUAUUUUAUAGAUUGUUGUUCAGUAUAACUCUAUAUGUGAAUAUAUUACAUGUUUUUUAAAAGCAGGUUACAUUGUCUAUUAUUUUGUUGAACAUGACCAAAUAUUUCCAGAGCUUUCACUUGAACAGAUCUCUGAAAUAAACUUUCUAAUCUGUUGGAUGAAGGACUUAAAGGCAAACUGUUAAUAAUAACAACAUAAUGACAUGAAGGAAAUGUUUAUAAAAUACUACAUGAAUGUGCAYGCCAGAUAACAAACCAAAAGACAUCCCAAUCUCUAAUUCAUUCUAAACAGCUGUAAUGACGGAGAAGUAAAAAUUCUAAUCAGGGAAUGCAUUCUKCCUGUUUCUCAGGGAGAGAGGGAUUGCAGUUCCUCGGUAGAUCACACGAGGGCCAGCUGGGAGGCCUCUGCCUUUUUCAGGAGUAACAAAGGGUCAGAAUCAAGAAUCACUACCUGUAAUAAUGUAUUGAAAAGGAAAUCAAGAUGAAAAAAUUGGCAAUUUUCAUUCUUUAAGACUUAAACGUAACUGCCUCUGUGUUUCUUCUUCCUCUCCUCCAUAUACGCACACAAUAUUUGCAAAAAUGUUAGGGAAUGGAAUUUUCUGUGAAAAUAUAUUUUUAGUCACGAAAAAAAAAUAUCAAAUUUGUCCAUCUUAAAACCUAGAUGUAUACUUUAUCUAAUGAUAAAUAACAUCAUAUUUCACUUUGGUAAUGUCAUUAGUUCUAACAAAUAUUUACGGUGAAACACUUUUCAUUUUAUUAAUUUAUCUGUUUCCUUUUCAUCUGCAAAUAUUGAUUUAUUAUUUUUAACUAUUUUCUCUCUGUGAAGACACAGUUUUGAUGAAGACUCCUUCUCAAACUAAUUAAUACUAUGAAGAACAGCMUAACAUAUAUCUUCUACUGAAUUUUUAUUUUGCUAAGCCAUGGAAUUACAAACAACAAAGUUCAUAUUUCAAGCAACCUUGUUUUAAAGGUUGCAUGUCUCAGUAAUUAAUUAGUUUUCUGGUUACAAACAUGCAGACAUUAAAUUAAACUAAUUGGGUUUUGUGAGAGCUUCUUUUGAUUUUAAGAGCAGGUAGCAUAUAGAAAAAUUUUAAAAUCCCCAGAACUUGACAAACAAGCUAAUAUACUUUCACAAUAAAUAAAUAAGCUAAUAAGCCCUUGUUCUAGCUUUUCUGGCAAUUGUUAUGGCUUUAUAAUUGUGAUUUUUCAAAUAUAAUUAGUCCCAUCCUGCCUCCUGUCUGAAGGGCACAGGCAUAAGCAUUGCACAGCAGAAGUGAAAUGGUACUUAYUCAUUCAUCCUGUCCACUGAACUCAAUGUCUGGACUGUCUCACACAUUUAAAUAUUUGCAGCAGUUGGGAGCCAGCAUGAAUGAAAUGUACCACGUAGAGAACCUGACACCUUCUUUCAUUUUUUUUCGUAAUGCUAGUUGAUUUUUUAAAAGGUUUUUGAGAGAAAUGCUUUGCAUUCGCCUAAUGCAUCUUCAAAGUUGAAGGGGAAAAUGCUUAAGUAGGAGUUGUUACUUCUGUGUAAACAAGGUGCUCCUCUGAAUACACUGUGAAAAUGUUUCCACUAAUAAUUGCUUCAAUUUCUAUUUUUACUAUCCUAACUGUAUAUAUUCUCAGUGGUGCUCUUUUGUCCCUUUGUAUUUUGCAUUUUGCAAUCACAACACUUCCUAGACACUGACAUUUCAGUAUUUCUUUUUCUUGUAUUAACACUAAGUGACAUUUAAAAUGUGGCCCACACACAGUAACCCCACAGUCUUUUGGCAGCUGUUUCACUGACCUUGGCUGGAGCUCUUCCUGGCUCUAUGGGGAUUGCAAAUUUAUGUAACUGGGGUUUGACUUCCCCUGCUCAAAUGUUAAAUCUAGUCUCUUCCUCAGUACCUACAUCACACKGAUAGAAAAUAAGCAUUUUCCUCUGCUGCUGGCUCAGUCCCAGCAUGGGAAAAGAUUUAGUGCRUCAGUGUACCAAUAAAUCUAUCAGCUUGCAGAUUCUGCAGAAAAUGCCAGCUGUAGCACAGCACAGAGAUAUGCGGUACACAAAAUCCCGUUCAGAUCUGGAAAUCCUGCCAUGCUUCAUUUUGCAUUUUACCCAGUAAAUGGCUAUUAUUUUGCUUCCUUUGUGCCUAUGGAGGAGACUGAAAGAGAAACAAGGAGCUGAAAAUGUCAAAAUCUAGUAAAUAAUGUACAGAUAUUUAACAUGGCUUUGGCUGGAAGGUCUAAGUUCUUACCUUCUUAAAAAUGUUAGGGAUUUUACAUCACCUCUUGCUACCAUACAUAAUUACAAAAAAGUUUCUGCUCUGUGUGAUACUCUUUUUCGAAGGAAAUAUGAGUUGUGUACACUGGAAAUGAAGAAUCUGACAUUACACACUUYGGCUGAGAGUCACUUAAGUUAAUGAAUAAUUAAUGGUAUUUUUAUAUGAAAAUGUAUUGUUAUGUAAAACAAUAAAAAUUUGGCUAAAAUUGAUUAAUCUAGUUUAUUAAAAAAAUAUAAACACAGUUCAUAUUGGACCAAAAAUGGACUGUAGGCUUUCAUUAUGUAGUAGGGGCUACCUUUCAGUAUGGGACUAGAAAAAUAAAACUGAAUUCUACUGGGUACUCCCWUGUUUAGUGAUUACAGAUAUGUUGUGAUCCUGAAAAGUCCAGAUUAAAUGUAAGUCUUAUAAACACGGAUAUGCUCAAUUGCAUUUUUGUAUGUAAUAUCAUAGAAUUGCAGCAAAGCAGUUGCUAAAGAUGCUGAAUUGGGAAGGAACUGACUAACAUUGUACUAACAUUAUACAGUUGCUUCUAUUUUGAAAAAGUUGUCGAGAAUGAGUGUUUGGGAGAAUGACUUCAAAUAAAAUUAUGACUAUGCCUUGGGUAAUGAGUAGAAUUGUCACUUAAGAUGCACUUUAGGAUGCCCUCUUUUUCAGUGUGAGGGAUGUUGACAUAUCUGAAUGUUACAAAUGAUGAAUUUUUCAUUAAUAGUGUCAAAUAAUUAGUGCUAAGUAUUUAAUGAAUG